AUGGCAACCUGGUCCCGGAGGAGAACGUUUGUCUUUCUUCUGGCUUUCCUGGGACAUUUGGGAAGGAUAGGAGCCCAACAAGAGGAAGACUUUGAAGGGGAACUUGAUGUCGAAGACGUUGCCUGCACUCAGAAUGGAAACGUGUACCUGAACCGGGACAUAUGGAAACCAUCGCCAUGCCAGAUUUGUGUUUGCGACAGCGGAGCCAUUCUGUGCGAUGAGAUCCAAUGUCCCGACGUUUUGGAAUGUGAAAGCCCCCAGGUGCCCCCUGGAGAAUGCUGCCCAGUGUGCCCGAACAGUGCCCGAAAUGGUUUCGAAGGUGCCAUUGGUAGAGGAAGGAAGGGUCAAAAAGGCGAACCUGGAAUUGUGCCAGCGGUUACGGGUAUAAGAGGACGGGCGGGACCAGCUGGCCCACCAGGAUCACAGGGACCGAGAGGAUCGAGAGGACCCAAAGGAAGACCUGGUGCCCGCGGACCUCCCGGAAUCGAUGGGGAACCUGGUAUACCUGGACAACCUGGUGAUCCCGGCCCUCCCGGGCAGCCAUCCACGGGUCCCGACGGAAUGACCAGACCCUUCACAUCUCAGAUGGCAGGACUGGACGAGAAAGCCGGACUCGCCGGCCAAAUGGGAUUUAUGCCUGGCGCUGUGGGUCCUGUCGGUCCAAGGGGUCCCCAAGGCUUGCAAGGACAACCAGGUUCUACCGGCCCAGCAGGCCCUCCAGGUGAACAUGGGGACCCGGGAUCAAUGGGACCUGCUGGUGCCCGGGGCCCAGAAGGCCCUCCAGGAAAACCCGGUGAAGAUGGUGAAUCUGGCCGAGCAGGGCAGCCAGGAGAAGUUGGUUUUCCAGGAUCCCCAGGUGCUCGAGGUUUCCCUGGGGCUCCAGGUCAGCCAGGUUUAAAGGGCCACAGGGGCCAUAAAGGGCUUGAGGGCCCUAAAGGUGAAAUUGGAGCCACUGGAUCUAAGGGUGAACCUGGCGCAUUAGGUCAGAUGGGACCAACGGGACCUUUGGGUCCCCGUGGGAUGCCAGGAGAAAGAGGAAGACUUGGACCGCAGGGGACUCCAGGAGCUCGUGGGCCACAUGGUAUGCCAGGAAAGCCAGGGGCAUCCGGUCCACUUGGUAUAUCUGGAUCCCCAGGUUUUCCAGGGAUUCCGGGCAUGAAGGGUGAAGCAGGCCCAACAGGUGCACGCGGUCCAGAAGGCCCUCAGGGACAACGAGGAGAAACGGGUCUACAGGGUCCGGCAGGGUCAUCUGGCCUUCCUGGUGCUCUUGGUACAGAUGGUUCCCCGGGCACAAAAGGACCAUCGGGAUCUCCGGGUACUUCAGGGCCACCUGGAUCACCAGGCCCGCUCGGCUCCCCAGGACCACAAGGCAGUACUGGCCCUCCCGGCAUUCGAGGACAAAUGGGAGACCCAGGAGUUCCUGGUUUCAAAGGAGAAGCAGGACCCAAAGGAGAACCUGGUCCACAUGGCCCUCAGGGUCCAAUUGGACCUGUGGGUGAAGAAGGAAAAAGAGGUCACCGUGGAGAUCCAGGAGCGGUUGGUCCUCAAGGAACGGUGGGAGAAAGGGGUCCUCCCGGAAAUCGUGGUUUUCCAGGUUCUGAUGGCUUGCCAGGACCAAAGGGAUCUCAAGGAGAGCGUGGUCCUGCAGGGGCUUCAGGCCCAAAAGGAAGCCAGGGGGAUCCUGGUCGCACUGGUGAACCUGGUCUUCCGGGUGCCAGGGGUCUCACAGGAAAUCCGGGUGUUUCAGGUCCAGAAGGCAAAUCCGGUCCCUUGGGUGCGGCAGGAGAAGAUGGCCGACCAGGCCCAGCGGGUUCCAUAGGGAUUAGAGGCCAGCCAGGGAGUAUGGGUCUUCCUGGGCCGAAGGGCAGUAGUGGGGACCCCGGAAAACCUGGAGAAGCCGGCAACGCGGGUGUCCCGGGGCAGAGAGGAGCUCCUGGUAAAGAUGGUGAAGUUGGCCCGGCUGGUCCAGUUGGUCCCCCUGGACUGGCGGGAGAAAGAGGAGAGCAAGGACCCCCUGGUCCGACAGGAUUUCAGGGCUUACCUGGGCCUCCAGGUCCUCCGGGGGAAGGAGGGAAGCCAGGUGAUCAGGGUGUUCCUGGAGAUCCUGGAUCCCAGGGUCCCUUAGGACCAAGGGGUGAACGUGGCCAUCCGGGAGAAAGAGGCAACCCAGGGGCGCCUGGUCUUCUGGGGGAAAAGGGCAUGGCUGGUGGGCAGGGCCCGGAUGGUCCCAAGGGCAAUCCAGGUCCCUCUGGAACUCCUGGAGAUCAAGGACCACCAGGUCUUCAAGGGAUGCCUGGAGAAAGAGGUAUUGCUGGCACGCCUGGACCCAAAGGAGACAGGGGCAGCCUAGGAGAAAAGGGAUCUGAAGGUACGGCUGGUAACGAUGGUGCAAGAGGUCUCCCAGGUCCAUUAGGUCCCGUCGGCCCUGCAGGCCCUGCUGGUGAAAAGGGUGAACCAGGUCCUCGGGGAUUAGUUGGUCCUCCAGGUUCUCGUGGAACUCCUGGUUCCCGUGGUGAAAAUGGCCCGACUGGCCCAGUUGGUUUUGCUGGUCCUCCGGGCCCUGAUGGUCAGCCAGGUGUGAAAGGUGAACCUGGGGAGCCGGGGCAGAAAGGAGAUGCUGGAUCCCCAGGACCUCAGGGGCUUGCAGGUUCCCCUGGGCCCCCGGGUCCUUCCGGGGUACCUGGACUAAAAGGUGGCCGAGGUACAAAAGGUCCCCCAGGUGCUACAGGAUUCCCUGGAUCUGCUGGAAGAGUUGGACCCCCAGGGCCGACUGGAGCUCCUGGUCCAGCUGGGCCUAUUGGGGAGCCAGGCAAAGAAGGUCCUCCAGGUGUUCGGGGAGAUCCUGGUGCUCAUGGCCGUGUAGGAGACCGAGGUCCAGCUGGGCCAUCUGGUACUCCUGGAGAUAAAGGAGACCCAGGAGACGAUGGACAAACGGGUCCAGAUGGCCCCCCAGGUCCAGCUGGAACUACUGGUCAGAGAGGCAUUGUGGGUAUGCCAGGUCAACGUGGAGAGAGGGGCAUGCCCGGACUGCCCGGUCCAGCUGGUACACCAGGAAAACAAGGUCCAACAGGUCCACCGGGAGACAAAGGUCCUUCUGGGCCUGUAGGUCCUCCAGGUGCUCACGGUCCCGCAGGUGAAGCAGGCCCAGAAGGACCUGCUGGUAAUGAUGGUACUCCAGGACGAGACGGAGCUGUUGGAGAACAGGGUCAACGUGGAGAACCAGGGCCGGCAGGCCUUCCUGGUUCCUUAGGCGCUCCAGGAACUCCAGGACCAGUUGGAGUUCCAGGUGAUGCAGGACAAAGAGGUGAACCAGGAUCUCGGGGUCCAAUGGGGCCUUCUGGUCGUGCCGGAAAACGUGGUUUGCCUGGCCCUCAAGGACCUCAGGGAGACAAAGGGGACAAUGGAGAUCGAGGUGACAGAGGCCAGAAAGGUCACAGAGGUUUCACCGGCCUUCAAGGUCUCCCUGGACCUCCUGGUCCUAUUGGCGAGCCAGGCAGUUCUGGGAUUCCAGGUCCAUUUGGCCCUAGGGGCCCUCCCGGUCCCGUUGGACCUUCAGGUAAAGAAGGAAAUUUUGGACCACUUGGACCAGUUGGACCUCCGGGUGUAAGAGGAACUGUAGGAGAAGCAGGGCCUGAGGGACCCCCAGGGGAAACGGGGCCGCCAGGGCCCCCAGGGCCCCCUGGUCACCUCACAGCUGCCAUUGGGGACAUUUUGGGGCAUUAUGAUGACGGUCUUGCUGACCCGCUGCCAGAAUUCUCAGAAGACGAAGCUGCCCUCGAUGAUAACAACAAAACUGAUCCGGGAGUCCAUGCUACACUGAAGUCACUUAGUAGCCAAAUUGAAACGAUGCGUAGUCCAGAUGGCACCAAGAAACACCCAGCACGGACUUGUGAUGACCUGAGGCUGUGCCAUCCAUCCAAAAAGAGUGGAGAAUAUUGGGUUGACCCUAACCAAGGUUGUGUGGAAGAUGCCAUCAAAGUAUUCUGCAACAUGGAAACUGGAGAGACAUGUAUUUCUGCAAACCCGGCUAGUAUCCCCCGCAAAACAUGGUGGACGAGUCGGUCGGCUGAACUAAAGCCUAUAUGGUAUGGGCUGGACAUGAACAGGGGUUCACAGUUUGUCUACGGUGAUAGUCAGUCACCCAACACUGCCGUCACGCAAAUGACGUUCCUGCGUCUUUUGUCCAAAGAAGCCUCUCAGAAUAUCACCUACCAUUGCAAGAACAGUGUGGGCUACAUGGAUGACCAAGCCAAGAACCUGAAGAAAGCCGUGGUUUUGAAGGGGUCAAAUGACCUUGAGAUCAAAGCAGAAGGAAACAGCCGCUUUAGAUACACCGUCCUUCACGACAGCUGCAAUAAACGCAAUGGGAACGUGGGCCAAACUGUUUUUGAGUACAAAACACAGAACGUGGCACGCUUACCAAUCAUCGAUAUUGCCCCUGUGGACAUUGGAAGUGCAGACCAAGAGUUUGGAAUAGAGAUUGGGCCAGUUUGUUUUGUGUAAAAAGGAAAGAAAA